UUAAAUGAGUGUCUAAUUACGGCGCUACAUAAAGUGGUGUCCAGCAGCCCCAGAGCUGGGUAAAUCACUCCUGAAAUACUCGAUACGGGUCAAACAUGACUAACGACAUAUCCAAAAAGAAGGGAAAGGGUUCAAGCGAGAAGAAGGCGAAAAGAAAAGCCAAGAGACGAGAGACUUACGCCAUGUACAUCUACAAAGUUCUGAAACAGGUUCAUCCGGACACGGGUAUCUCCAGCAGAGCCAUGAGCAUCAUGAACUCCUUCGUGAACGACCUGUUCGAGCGCAUCGCCACAGAGGCGUCCCGGCUGGCUCAGUACAACAAGCGCUCCACCAUCACCAGCAGGGAGGUGCAGACGGCGGUGAGGCUGCUGCUGCCCGGGGAGCUGGCCAAGCACGCCGUGUCCGAGGGCACCAAGGCGGUCACCAAGUACACCAGCUCCAAGUGACACACCCGCAUGUGUUGUG